AUGAAAACAAAGUUAGAUGCAUGGCGUUCAUAUGAACAUAUUCGUAAACAUUAUGUUUUAGAAGGUGAUCAAUUACAUUGGUUAGCUGUUUCAUUAUAUGUAUCAUGUAGAAAAUAUAAACAUUUAACAACAAAUCAGAAAACAAUUCGUGAUAUAAAUCGUCAAUAUGAUGAAAUUGUUUUAACAAAUUCUAUAAUUGAUGAAAGAAUUUUUUUAGAAAAUAAAUUUCAACUAAAUGACUUAUGUAAUUCAUUAAAUGAAUACCGAUAUUCAAAAUCUUCUCAAAAUCUAACACCAUUAACAGCAAAUCAACAUAUUACAUCGAAUGAUUAUCAAACAAUUUCUUUUAAUCAAUAUUUAACAUCCAUAUAUCAAGCUAAUCUAUUAAUUAAAUUAUUAUAUUCAAUUGUUCAACAACAACAAACUUUUUUAGAUUAA